AUGGCCUAUCGACAGUAUGAGCAGGGAACGAGUGGGAUGAACUUUGAUCGAUUUCUCGACCGUUUCGAUGAGAAUACCGUUACCAAAUUGAAACGACACUACUGGACGGCCAAGCAGAUGUUUCGAAAUAAAAUGGGGAAGAAGGAAGACGAGCUACUCACGGCAUCAGAUGCCGAUUUCGAUUCACAAGUGACGCUGUUCAAUUCGAUCAAAAGGACCAGCGAUCAGCUGCUCGAGGCCUCAAAUAAUUACCAUGGGUUUUUACUAGACGCGGCUCAAAGUGAGAAUGGGGUUGGGAAAUAUUUGAAAGAUCGAGGGAAGGAGCAACGGAGGGAGGAGACCAAGAAGGUAAUGAUAGCCGUAGGCCGAGCCUUCCUAUACGCUUCCCAUCAAAGAGCAGCCAUUUCUCAACCCCUAUUACGAUUUUAUGAAGAAAUCUGUGUCUUCAACGAAAGAGCCAUAUUCGAUUGUGGGCAGACGGUAGAAGCGGCUGAACGAGCGAAGACAGAAUAUCGAGGCAGUUUGUUGUGGAUGAAGCAGGAGAGCGAGGAGCUUGAUCCCUCCAAUUUCCGGCAGAUGGAUCGUUUUCGAGAAGUACAGGCGACGGUCAGAUUGAAUAAAGAGCGGCUGGACCGGUUGAAGGAGGAUACGUUACAAAAGGUCGACCUCCUCUCGGCUAGCCGAUCUCAUCUACUGUCGCAUUUGUUAGGACGAUACCUCGAGCUCCUCACGACAUACUACCAAAAAACUGGAACAAUCUAUGCAACGCUGGCCAAGAAUCUUUCCGUUUAUGAUCACUAUGAUUUUGAGAUAUUGACGGAACUGAUCGAGCCCUCAAGAAAAGCUGCUCAAAAGGCUCGGCAAGAAAGUUUCGAAAAAGAGCGGGAAGAGGAGGUGCAGCAGAAGGCUGUUGAGGCCGAGCAACCGGAUUUGAUGCAAUUCAACGACCGCGACGAGACGAGCUUACGAUAUUUAUUUGGAGGAGAAUCACCCAGUGAGGAGAGGAUUGUGACGGAUAGACGGCGGCUUGCCGACGAUGAGGAGCGACCCGAUAGUCCGCUGGUUGGAGAAGCUGAAAUUGGGAUGGACGCGCUGGAGGGCGCCCUUCUCCACCCCGAAAAGAUUGCCGUAAAUUCCGAAGCCUACCUGAAUACGUCCAGCACCCAGGCUUUUAUUAUUAUUAGUCCAAUCGGUUCAUGUGAAUUCUACAGUGGCAGAAUCCCGUGUGAAUGCUUUCCGGUUGAAGGGGAUUACGGACUAGUGCAGAAUGAAACGACGCUUCUCACCUUCAGCGUGGGGCCCCCAGCCAUCCAAAUUUCUGCUCAAAAAUCAGCAUCCCCAUUGCUUUCCGAAUUGUCAGUACACAUUCGCUCUCGAUUGUGCCAGGAGCAACAGUAUCAUCUCCAGAUGUGGCAUCGGACACACGAAGUGCUCCCCGAUUCUGAAGACUAUUGGGUAAAAGUGGAAGAGAAGACGGUGAUGCUCAAGAAUACCGAGAAAUUUAUCGAAUUCCCGUGCGAAACGACUGCUCGAACAGGUGUCUACCGUUUCGACCUCAUCGGCCCGAAUAAUGUGACCGUUACGGCUGAGAAAACACUUUUUGUGAAUGCAUCGACGGAAGUGAAGCUCCAGUUGAGGGAGGGCUCGAUAUUUCCGCAUUGCUCCGAUGAGUACCAGAUACGGUGGACAAAUCCGAGAUGCACCUCCUCGCCUCUUCAAUUCCGGCUUCGGCUUCUGGCAGUGCCGGAAGGGAAUCCGGAUCACGUAGAAGAGAGAGCGAUUUACGUAGAAGAAAUUGGGCUUGACGCUGGCGAUUCUUGGCUAUCACUGCCAUGCUCCCAAUUCGACAUUCUCUACGAGCAGUACUGUUUCGAGCUCGUAUCACUACAUCCCCUUUCUGAACAAUUUCAUCAAUGGGACGUCAAGUGUAUUCACACGGAGCCAGUCGAAACCGUCCAUGGCGGCUGGUCCCCAUGGUCUUCCUGGUCACCAUGUGAGGGUGUUUGUGGCACGGGUGUACGCACGAGAUCCCGUGCCUGCGAUUCGCCAAAACCAAAGCGAGGUCGAGCUUGUUCCGGUGAUGUGAUCGAGCGGUUGACGUGUCCACUAAAGCCGUGUCCAGAAGGCCGCUUCCUGCUCACGGACUCGAACUGCACGUGUGGGUGUACGGCCCUCCUUGUACCGGAAAUGCCACUUGGCGACUCCCAGCUCGGCAUCGUCAUCUGG